UUUAAGUUUGAGUUUCAAUUUUAAAAUGGGGAUCAGGCUCGCUCGGAUUUUGUGUUCAUUUUAAACGUAUCUUGUCCAGUUUGUGAACAGUGUCCGUUCCAUAGCAGUGCCAUGUACUGUCCCCACAUAGCCAAGCCACAAGCCAACGACAAUCCAAGCCGCCCAGCCAAGUCCCAGCCCAAGCCCAAGCUCCAGCUCCAGCAGUCCCAUCUACAGUCAUCUACAAGCGGCUGCAGUGCCUCCGACCCUCGUCUCGAGCAACUGGUCGUCUACCGCUCCCUGCUCGAGCACUUGCUGCACCAAAAGAUGCACUUCGAUCGGGAGCUGCAGCUGGAGGAGCAGCGUCUGGAGCGAUUUCGGCGCGAGGGCCUCAGCGAGCAGCGCCUGAAGGUGCAGGAGCGGGUUCUGAAAAAGGUUCAGGCCAUGCUGCCGGGCAUUGUGUUUAAGAUGCGCAACGAGGUCGAUAGGCUGCAGCGGCUCCUGGACACUGACCAGCAGCAGCUGAGGCAGCUCGAUCUGGAGCUCUUCGAGCAGUGCCGCCAGCUGCUGGACGCCUCGAAGCAGAGCCUGGACCAUGAGCUGUGAGACCCCCAGAGACCCA